GGAGCUAUGCUCCUGACUUAUACUGUUAGUUGUAAAAAUUUUUGUUGUAGAAUUUUCGGGAGAUCCUAGUUACAGGGGAGGUUCUGCCGAAAUUUCUGCAAAUAUGUCAACAUUUUAAAAAAAAAUGAAAAAAAAAUGAAUGACAUGAAAUCAAUGUUCAUUUGGAGGCUUACGGGAAUGUGAGAAUGGUUCGUACCCGUGCCGGUCACCCUUUAUUUUGGGGCGUGACAUAACAUGAUGCAACCUUCAACAAAGUUACAGAGAUUGACCAUCAACCAUUAUGGUGGCCGGAGCUUUCCAAAUUGGGUUGGAGAUUCUUCAUAUACAAAUGUUACCUUUUUAUGCAUAAGCAAUUGCAAAGAUUGCUCAUCACUUCCACCAUUGGGACAAUUACCUUCUCUUAAAAAGCUUUCAAUUCAAGAAAUGACUUCUAUAAAGAUAGUUGGGCAUGAGUUCUAUUGCAAUCAAACAAAGUCCUCUCCAUUUCAUCCAUUCCCGUCAUUGGAAAGUCUAAAAUUUGAAAAUAUGCUAGCUUGGGAGCAAUGGUUACCAUUUGAAGGUGAGGGUACCGAAUUUCCUUUUCAUAGUCUCAAACAUCUGCAUUUGAAUAAUUGUCCUAAGCUGAGGGGAGACGUGCCCAACAAGCUUCCAUCAUUGAGAAAGGUUGAUAUAUUACACUGCAAUCAGUUGGGAGCUAAAUUAUCAGCAUUGAAAUGGAUUACUUCAAUUCAAAAAUUGAAUGUUAACCAAGGGGGAAAGGACUUCUUGAGGGCUAUUGAAAAUGAUUCACUAGACUCAAUGAAACGUCUAAGAAUCAUUAAUUGUUCCAACUUGCAAUUUUUGCCCAGAAUGAUGCCGGGUUGUCAAUACCUUCAAAAAUUGUAUCUCAAAAGUAUCCCAUCCAUAGAGUCCUUCACAAUUGAUGGUUUGCCCAUUUCAUUGCGACGACUCAAAAUUGAAGAUUGUGGGAAAUUAGAACUCCCACCUCGGAAUCUUGGCAAAACUACACUAGACUUGAAUAUUUGCUGAUUAGAAAUAGUUGUGAUUCCUUGACAUCCUUUCCAUUAGGUUGUUUUCCUAAGCUUAAAAUUUUGGUGGUUGAAAGUUGUCGUGAUUUGGUAACCUUUACACAAGUUAGGGGGUCUUCUCCUACCUUAGAAUCUCUUGUUCUCUCAGAUUGCAAACAACUCAGAUCAAUGUCUGAAGUGCAGAUUGAUUCCCUCGUUACCCUUAAAUACUUCUCUCUUUCUCAGCUUCCGAAUUUGGAAUCAUUGCCUCAAUGUGGUUUGCCUUCUAACUUGCAAUCAUUUUUCAUUGUUGACUGUGAGCGACUAUCUUCCGUGCCUAUAAAAGACUGGGGUUUCCAACGGUUGGCUUCUCUCUCAGGACUUCAGGUUAAAGGUGAUGGAAGUGAAAGGAUUCUCUGUAAUUUAUUGAAGCAUCAAUUAUUGCCCACUUCUCUCAUGCGUAUCGACAUAUGCGAUUUCUCCAAUCUUAAAUUGUUAGAUGGAAAAGGGCUUCGAUGCAUUACUUCUUUAGAAGAGCUUUACAUCUCAGACUGUCCACAGCUUGAAUCCUUGCCAGAAGAUGAGCUGCCAUCCUCUCUUUUGGAGCUGAAUAUCUCUGGUUGCCCUAAAUUACUUAAAAGGUAUGAUUUUCAAAGAGGACGACACUUGUCCAAGAUUGCUCAUAUUCCUACUGUACAAAUACAUGGCAAAUAUUAUGAUCCUUGGGAAGCAUCACAAGAAUGUACUAGGCUUUCAAUGGACGAAGGUGAGGGAAGCAGUAUAACUCUUGAGCUUCCAAAUAGAAGAGAUCUAUUGGAAGCAAAAAGCAAGUUAAAAGAAAUGAAAGGGGAUCAGGACGAUUUGCGACUGUUUUGGUAGAGAGGCUGCUGGCUCUGAGAAGAUGAGGAAGCAGUAAAAAAGAGACAGAUAUGAUAUGUAGCGAAUGUAGAUAAGAAGCUAACUCAGUUGCUGAAGCUUAGCAACAGUUCUGUUUUUUUUUAAAUGUUAAAUGAAUUUUUUUUUUUAUUGAAGAAUGUAAAAGGAUUUCAAUGGAUCUGAUUCUUUGUUAGACUUGCAUAAUUACCUAAAUUGUAGAUAUGAAAGUAUAAUUUGAGAUUCACCUUGAAGAAUUUUUCUUAAGGUUUUAUGCCAUCCAUAAAUU